AUGGAGCACCGCGCCCGUUCCGCCCUCCGCCGCUUCGCCGCACUAACUCUCGCCGCCGGCCUCGUCGCGCUGGCCGUGCUCGUCGCGCCGACCACCGCCGGCGAUGCGUAUCUCCCUCCGUACUUCGGCGCGCCGAGCGGCACGGGCAUUUACUUCGUGCCGCAAGCUGGGAAUCGGUUCGCCAAGGGUGGGGUGGUGAGGGUGCGGUGGGACACGUCGAUUGGGUUUCUCGACAUGACGUGCAAGCGACUCACCUUCUUCCAGACCCCGCGCUGCAGGGGGCGCCCCUACCUGGCGCUCAUGCGCCCCGACAAGCGCGGCGGGCGGAUGAGCGACGACGAGAUGCAAGCCAUGCUCACACGCAGGGUUCUCCCUCCUGCCCAAGUGCCCAAGUCGGUCAAAUGCGAGUUCGGCUGCGACGCUAAGUGCGGGAAGGUGGCGGUGUGCCUUAAGAGGAAUGGCAAGCCCCAGUGCGUGUGCCCUGGCGACGGCAUCUACAAUGCCGCUGACAAGACAUGCAAAG